AUGGCUCCUGUGGUGCCGGACGAGGCCGUUUUCACCUACGACAAAAAGGCUAAAGAGAAGGUCCGGAAAUGCGGGACAAGCGCGAAACGGAAGGCUGUGCAGCUGGGCAAGGCGGCUCGAGUGUUUUCAGCCGUCAUUCACUUCAAUCCGACCUAUGGACAACUGGAUGGAGCUGUCUACAUCCCCGAGGGCCAAAGUAUGCCCGACGUGAACCAGUUUCUGGAGAAAGUCGUCAACGGCACGCACGAGCUUGUGGGCCAACGCCGAGGCACACGUCGUCGACGGAAGACAACCGAUGCCGAACCUAGUCAAAUCUUGAUGGAGACCGGUAACACCAGAAUGGUAGAGGUUGCAAGCAGCAUGAAGGAAGAGCCUGAUUUUGUUGUAACCGAAGUUGCAGGGACGAAUGGAGUUACGAAUGAAGAUGCGGACGCUCCCCACGAAAUUGAGGCUGAUGAGCAUUGCGUCGCCAUCUUCGGCAAUACGGCGUCAGACUGCCAGCGAGACGAGGCCCCUUCGGGCAAAGACCCCAUUAGCUUAGCAGACCAUAGGCUACCUACAGAGACAGCACAGUUCGGCCAAGAUGUCUGCGGCACGGAGGACUAUGUCAUGGGUGGUACUGAUACUGCGAGUGCAAUCAACCAGAGCGAGGAGGACUCAUUCGUCGGUUUACUUGAGUUUGGCUUGCAUGACCUGCUCGAAAUGGAGGGUGACGGCAAUUGUGCACCUGUUUUGGGCCCAGUUGAUGAAAGCGGAUUGGGAAAGCUGGAGGGAGGGUCCACCGACAUCAACUCUGAUCAGGAAAGAUCGCAGAUGGAAAAGACAGGAGGCGAGGGGUUGAUGGAAGCGAGGGCGGAGACGAGCAAGGCAGCCCUAAAGCGAGGGAAGAAAACCCCGAGGACGCCGCCAACUUCUGCGCGCGUCUGCCAUGCCACGAGGAGUUCUCAAAGGAUUCAGCGGUUCCUUUACCUAGUUUUCAAGCAUAUUCGACUCGCCAGGCAGCAAGGAGACUUUCACACCGGGCAUGCUCACCAAACCACGCUGGGCGCUCAUCAGUGA